UAGUGAAGAUGACUCAGAAGAAGAAAGGGCUGAAAACCUCCAUUCUAAAGUAGCAGAUAUACAAAUAUUCAAUGCAUUUCUUCACACUAAAACCAAUAAGCUUGAUUUAAUAAGAUUGCCAAGAUUUUUCACUCAAUCAUAUAUAAAUUUUGAUCCCAAGACAUAUUGUGGAGAAAAUGAGUCAAAUUAUUGUAAGGGUGUCAGAUUUGCAACAGCAAGCUCGAUUAGAUGGCGUUAUAACAAGAGAAAAAGUGAAGAUGGUGAGAAUGAGAUCAUUGAGAAAGAAACAAAUACAAAAUUGGUAAAAUGGUCUGAUGGAUCAAAAACACUUCAUAUUGGAAAAGAAUCAUAUUCAUUAAAUUCUUAUGAACUUGGAAGACCAAGAUAUAUAGCAAUUGCACAUAAAAAAACAAAACAAAUGAAAACCCAAUAUAUUGACUUUUCAACAAUUGAAAGAUUAACAAAAGAAUAUAAGGAGCAACAAAAAAAAAGACAAAAAGCUCAAAAAUCAUCUAAUGCACUUAAAAUCAAUAGAACCCGUAAAAGAAAAUAUCAUAAAUUAUGUGACAGGGAUACAAGAACAAAAUUAACAAGAAAAUCACCAUAUAAUGAUACUUAUGAUGAUGAUUCUGGAUGGAAAGCCAACAAUAAUUAUAAUUCGAGAAAUGAAAGAUUUAGUUUAAAACUCUUUGUAUCAACAACUAAUCUUGCUGUUGCAGUCAUAAACGAAGAAACAUCGGAUAUUGUUCUUGUUAAUGAUGUCGUUUUAGACCAUGAUCACCGUCUAUGGAGAAACAUAAAGACUGCUUUUUAUAAAGAGUCUUUAUCUGAGGUAAAAAUGAAUUCUCCCAACAAAUUCUCGAGACCUUUUGCUAUUCUCGUUGUAAUAUUAUUCACAACUUUAGCAAUUUCUGAACCAAUUCCGCCCUUUAUUCAUGUUCCAGCUCCAGGUCCAGGUCCUUGGGCUGUUAAAUCUAUACAAAAUAUCAGUUGGUGGUGUAUUGCUUGUAAACCAAAAGGUAUGAAGUCAUGA